AUAUACCGGCUGUAGAGACACAAGUUUAGAGACGCGUCGUAGUAGUAAAGGGACACAUGGUAAAAGAAAAAGAAAUUGCUUAUAUUCGUAUCGCUAGCAAAAUGGCUGAAGUAAAGUCACGUCGGGUUGCUCAAGCAGAAGAUUUAUCAAAUGUGGAGUUUGAAACAAGUGAAGAUGUCGAAGUUAUUCCUACGUUUGAUAAUAUGAACCUACGGGAGGAAUUACUACGAGGGAUUUACGCAUACGGUUUUGAAAAGCCAUCAGCCAUACAACAAAGAUCCAUAAGACCUAUAAUGCAAGGCAGAGAUGUGAUAGCACAAGCACAAUCUGGUACAGGAAAAACUGCAACUUUCUCAAUCGCUAUAUUACAAUCUUUGGAUACGGAAGUACGAGAAACACAAGUACUUGUCCUUUCACCAACUCGAGAACUUGCUACUCAGAUACAAAAGGUUAUUCUUGCAUUAGGUGACUUUAUGAAUGUGCAAUGUCAUGCAUGCAUAGGAGGUACAAAUCUUGGGGAGGAUAUCAGAAAGCUCGAUUACGGGCAACACGUAGUAUCAGGCACACCUGGCAGAGUAUUUGAUAUGAUAAAAAGAAGAGUACUUCGUACUAGGGCUAUUAAAAUGCUAGUACUCGAUGAAUCUGACGAAAUGCUUAAUAAAGGUUUCAAAGAACAAAUUUAUGACGUAUAUCGUUAUUUACCACCGGCGACACAAGUUGUCCUAGUGUCGGCUACGUUGCCUCAUGAAAUUCUUGAGAUGACAAGUAAAUUUAUGACAGAUCCUAUUCGUAUUCUUGUAAAGCGCGAUGAGUUAACUUUAGAAGGAAUAAAACAGUUCUUUGUUGCGGUUGAACGCGAAGAAUGGAAAUUUGAUACGCUCUGCGACUUAUACGAUACUUUAACUAUUACUCAAGCGGUAAUAUUUUGUAAUACAAAACGCAAAGUCGAUUGGCUAACAGAAAAAAUGAGAGAAGCCAAUUUCACAGUAUGUUCUAUGCAUGGAGAUAUGCCACAAAAAGAGAGAGAUAAUAUUAUGAAAGAAUUUCGUUCUGGACAAAGUCGAGUCCUAAUCACAACUGACGUUUGGGCUAGAGGAAUAGACGUCCAGCAAGUGUCGCUCGUCAUUAAUUACGAUUUACCAAAUAAUCGUGAAUUAUAUAUUCAUAGAAUAGGUCGAUCGGGUCGUUUCGGCCGAAAAGGUGUGUCGAUUAAUUUUGUCAAAACUGAUGAUAUAAGAAUCUUGAGAGAUAUAGAACAAUAUUAUUCAACGCAAAUCGACGAAAUGCCUAUGAAUGUAGCUGAUUUAAUAUAAGAUGUAUUAUUAUUAGUAUUAUACGGCGUUAAGAACUCAAAAGCUCGUUGCCGCAAAAACCAAAUCCCGCGAAUGUCCUUGGGCAAGAUCUCUCCAUUCGCGACUCUCGUACUCCAUUUCGUUAAGAUCCGUUCUAAUAUUCUCUUCAUGUCAGAUGUAUAUCUUAAAUAUUUUUUUCGUCGAAUAUCUUCAUCCAGUUCCAUUAAUUCUUUUGAAGUAAUCGAUUUAAUGGGAAGAUUCAUUAGAAAUUAUUUACAUUCAUAGUUACAUUAAAUGACUUUCGUCCUAAUAUCUAAGUUAUUUAUAACUUAAUUCUCUUUCCCGCCAAAUUCCGGGAUAUUUCCGACAAGAGGUACUUUUUGUUUAGGAUUUCUUAAAUCCAAUUGAAUUCUAUGCAGCUUAUUUCAUUACGCUGCAUAUAAAUUUUUAUACGCUCGAUCUUCAGGAUUAGGGUUUCUAAAUAAUAAUUUAUUAAGCGUACACCAUCGUUAUACGAAAAAAAAAAGAAAAAAAAAGAAAAAAAACAAGAGAGAAAAGAUAUAGUAAUUUCAACUAAUGUAAUAUUACAAAUAUUACGACGGGAAAGAGUUAAUUUUGACUUAUGAUACAAAAACAAGUGAAUAAAAUAAUUAAAAAUUAAGUGGUAAUAUAAAUGACGUGUACAUGUACAGUACUUGUAUAUACGAGUAUGUAAUACGAGUAUCAUCGAUGUAUAUCCAUCUUUAUUUUGAUAAAAAUGUUACAAAUAUGUUAAUAAAAGUAUAAUAUAAUGAUGUAAA